AUGGCUACUAAGCAUGAGGGGUCGGUGCUGGAAGAGAGAAUGGCUGCUCUCGAUCUCUCUCAGACCGCGGCUGCUGAGAAUUCUCAUGAGAGCGUGGACGUGGUUGAUCUGCUACCCGGCCCCAUCUGGCACAUCAUCUUCUGCCUCCUGCUGCUGCCGCCAGCAGAUUCUGCUCAGCUGCAAAAACAAGGCAGUGCCACUCACCUGCAGAACCGGGACUUCCUGGGCGCAUUACAGCAGGGAGCAGGCAGCACCUCAUGUGCCACAGCCAAUCAGAAAACUGCCAGCCUGAGGGAGCAGCAUGAGAAGGACAUGAGGCGCUUCGGCUCCUCCUGGCCUCUGCUGCGCUGUGCCAUGGCCAGCAAGAGGCUUCUUCACCAUAUCGUCUCUUUCUCCGUGAUUCAUGCUCCGAUGCUCUGUGAUUCAUGCUCUGAUGCUCUGUGA